CAGCUCUUCAGUCAAGAGACUCAUUAGUUGACCCGACCCAAUCUGGGUCACAAGAGAGGGAAGCGUUCCGUACGCUGUAACGUCUUUCCAAAGAAGAUGACAGCAGCAUACGCGUGAACCCCACUUUAGAUCCCCGACGCACCUCUUUCAUCCCACCCGAGCGCGCGUCGAUGAAAAGCCAUUCGGAUACACUGUGAUUUCAAGGCGUGAGAUGAAAGAUGAAGGACUGUCAAGCGUUCUGUUUGUUCUUGCUUUUCUGGUGCAGAUUGGUACGACUAGCAGAGUGAGGUGGCGAAAUCUCGUGGUGUGUUCAUCCUUGCCAAGAAAUUCGACGCCCUAGAUUGUUUGGCUGUUAGGGAACUGUACGAUUUUGCGCAUAGUCUCUAGCCAAUAACUCUGGAGAAUUUUUUCAAUUUCAAAUGAAAGGACUAAGGUCGGAAUCCCGAUCUUACCCCCCAAUAUCAUUUUCCGAAACCCUAGUUUUUCCCCUAUAUAAGAUCCUUUCACUGUGAAAAAACGGGGGAAUUUUUUGGUGAAGAAAUAUCUUGAGUGGAGAGCUACAGAGAAUCGAAAAGAAAAAUAGUUGAAAAGAAUUCUAAGGCCAGUUAGCCUUAGAAAGAAGGGUUGAAAAAAAUUGUUUAGGAAAUAUACAUGCGAAAAUAUAAGGGGAAAACUUAGUCACAGAGAAGAGGAUAGUGAGAAGAGAGGUCGAGGAGUUUUCUUUUGGUUUGGAAUAGCAAGGAAGAACUCAUUUCGGUCGGGGCCUUUUUCUCCGUUUAGUUUUAUUAAUCAAUCCUUUGAAGUUUUUCUCUUGAGUUCGAGGUCCUUUCCAUUCCCUGUUCGCAGAUCGUGUUGGCGAGUGGAAGAUCGUCAUUUCAAGCUCGUUAUUGUCUAUGUCUCGUUGCACACCAAAAGGUAAUACUCAUUUCACUACGAAUACAUGUUACUCUCAGUGUGUAGCCAUUAGGACCUCUUCUAUGCGAAUGGUUCAUAUGUUUGUAUUCACAAUGUCUUUGAGUCAAUGUUAGCUGUUAAAAGUGAUGGAAUCUGUCUGAAAAUCUAUGUGUGUUCGUUUUUAUUUUUUUGUUUUUUUCGUUUGUUUUCAUGGAUUUUAAUGUUCAUUUGAGCUUAUAUCUUUGUCCAUGCUCUUCUUGAGUUCUUGAAUGUUAUGUUCACCAUGAGUUCUUUGUUUACUUCAUUUGCUCAUCUGUAAAAUGUCAUCUUAUUUCUGUUAUCCUAAUAUUCCUCAUAGCUUGUAUAUAUCUUCUUUUUUUUUCAUUUCUGGUUGUCUUGCGGUACAGCUAAUUCUGGGGUUUCAUCGCUAGUUGUUUAGAUAUUAUUUAAGUCAAGUUUAAAUGUUCGAUUUCCUUUAAAAUUAUGGGUCGUCCCUGUUGUUUGGUUCCGAAUGGUGCAUAAUAUUGGUCUCGAUGAUUUUUACAUAUCUUAGGAUAAAUCCAUUCUACUCUUUUCUUGAUCAUCAGUUGCAGGAAAUGCUCCAUAGUCCCUGUAUAUUUACUCGUUUUGAACGUUUGUUCCUUUAGGAUGACAUGCUUGGGCCUUUCUUUUAUUCAUACCCUCAUUUUGCUUAAAGUUUUGGCUUAUGAAGAAUCUACCAUUUGCUAUUGAGCUUAUAACAUGUGAUUUUCUUGAUCUAAAUUUCCUCGAGGCACUCUAGAGAUAAGUUUAUUUUAACGUCAUUCGUAAGUCAAGUCAAAAAUUUUCUAAAUGUAGGACUCUCCAUUAGUUAACCUAACCAUGAUUUGGGUUUCGUUGUAUUAUCUGGGAAGAUAUGUUAUCAAGUUCAAAUCAGAUAUACUAUUCAUUAAGGCCAUGACGUCCAUAGCUUUCAAGUGUUGGAAUUUGUCAAAAAAAAUUUAGUAACUUACUUAUGCCUAAGAGAAGAUUUCAGUCGACUAGUUUUUGAUUUGGAAGCAUGAAUAUGUGUUACAUAGCCAAUAAAAUUGUUGUUGAUGUAUCGGUUACCGUGCCAUCAUUUUAUUUGAUUUCUUUGAUUUCUUCUUUGUCGAGUUGAUCAAGCUUAUUUGUAAGUUUCAUUAUUUAUGGAUGGAAGCUAAUUUAUGUCCCUUUAUUUUCAUGUGACUUCGGGUGAGUUCUUGAACGCCAAUUACAUCCUUCUUGCAUUUCGAGAAAUUCAUAGAAGCUCAAUAUCAUUCAUCGAGUCAAGCCUUGAAACCGACGAAUAGAUUCCAAAGUUUAAAAGAUUGAAGAAGUCGAAGAAGUUUGGCAUAGGAGAUCUUCUAUUUUCAUUUUGCAUUUUUAUUUUGUAAUGAGCCUAAGCCCUUAUCGUCUUUUACUUUUAGUACUCACUUUGUAUUAUUAUAUGCUUAGUUUAGGACAGGUACGAAAGGAAGAAAAUGAAUCAAGAACCCGAAAUGUCGGAAUGGGUCAAAACACAAAGCAGGUGGGUCCAAAUUCCGGUCAAGGCUGACAGGAAACCCGAAUUUGGACCCAAUAUCUCUCUCUCUCUCUUUUACCAAUUUGCUUGUUGUUUUGUUUCUUUAUUUGCUGUUAGCCUUAAGGAUAGAAAAUCCGAACCUCCGCAAACGCCAUAAUGCUUUAUCCACUCAAAAUGAUUUCAAAUCCAUUCUAGUAGAGCGAAUAAAACUUGCAAAUCAAAUUAAUUAAUUUUUUUCAUAACUCUAAAACUAUACUUUACCUCAAAUUAUGCAAUCUUAGCCGAAUAAUUUAGUUGUUGGAUAACCGUAUGUUAGCGGAAUGUUUUAGGUGUUGUUAAACCUUCUUAAAACAUUAAUAGGAAUCGCCGAACCCCUUCGAAUGUUUUCAAACGAUUUUUCUGUUUAAGUUAUUUGAAAAAAUAAUUUUUUUAAUUUUUCCUAAAAAAAUUAAGUGGCGACUCUUUAAAAUCAAGAAUUCUUCAAAAACAAAUAUUUUCCAAAUUCCGGAUAAAACAAACAUCCUAAAAUGCAACCUGUUAGAGGUGAGAAAUUCUGGAAAAUUGAUCUUUCUCAAGCUAUGCAACCACCACAAAUUCAUAAAUUGGUUGGUAGACCAAAAUUAAAGAGAGUAAGGGAAAAAUAUGAGGCAAGAAAAAGGGAAGGAUUAUGGUCGAAAAGUAGAAAAGGAUUGCAAAUGACAUGUGGAAAUUGCAGUGUUGUAGGUCAUAAUCGAAGAAGAUGUCCUCUACUUCAAGAAGGAAGACAAGUUCUCCCAGAUGAACCAAUCUUUAUGCAAACUCCUAAAUUUGUUGCAGCUUCCAGUCGAAAAACAAGCCAUCAAUCAAGUGAAGAAUUCAAUGAAGCUGCUGGUCCUUUAAAAUCAAAGAGAAAAAAUGUUUCAAAGGACAAAGUUGAUGCACUCCCAAAGAGGUCUAAAAACGAUGGAAGAGAAAAAGUUGUUGCACCUUCGAUUGCAAUUGUUGAUGAGGAUGAAGUUGAAGAUGAUAUUGAAUCUGAGGAUGAGGAUACAGUCCUUGCACCUAGAGAUAUCUGAAGAAAAAACUAGAAUUCAAAUGAAGAAGAUGCUACAACAACCAAUUGGUUCAAGAAAGAUUAGUUUUAAGGGUGAUGAAAAUGGUGUCGUUGUCCUUACUAAUUUACCAUACUCACCAAAAAAUCUAACUUGGAAAGGCAAAGCAUGUGUGACCUCAAAUCUGUUGAAAAAAGACAUGGAGAAAAAGAUUGGCAAGCUUAAGGCAAAGAGGGGCAAGCAUUAGAAAGUAGUUGCUAAAUAUUGAUUUAAAGUUUUUGUUUAGUAUGUAAUGGCACAGUAGAACUUCUUAAACUGCUAUUUUUGGAGGGGCAAGCAUUACAAAUUAGUUUGAUAAUGUUUUGUGGGCUGACAAUAUUUUGUGACUUGAAAAUUUUAUGAAUGCAUUCUAUUAUUUGGUG